GCGCGGAGUUCAGGCCGGGGUCAGGGGGAGUUCGCAGCCCGGGCUUCACCUCCGCGCUGGCGGCGCCGGGAGCCCCGAGGAGGAGCCGCCGCCGCCGCCCGCUCCGAGGGGCGCUCGGCCGGCCGGGAGCGCGGCAGCGGCGCGGCAUGGAGCGGCGGCGGCCGGCGGCGGGCAGCGCCCGGCGGCGCCCCCGGGGCUGAGCCCUCUGCGCGGGGCCAUGAGAGUCCACCGAGACCUCGGCUGGCUGGCGGAGGCCACCGGGCGCCCAGGGCGGCGGGCGAGGAGCGCGAUGCUGGACGCCAUGGAGGUGCCGAGCCACUCGCGGCAGCUGCUGCUGCAGCUGAACACGCAGCGCACCAAGGGCUUCCUGUGCGACGUGAUCAUCGUGGUGCAGAACGCGCUCUUCCGCGCGCACAAGAACAUCCUGGCGGCCAGCAGCGCCUACCUCAAGUCGCUGGUGGUGCACGACAACCUGCUCAACUUGGACCAUGAGAUGGUGAGCCCCGGCAUCUUCCGCCUCAUCCUGGACUUCAUCUACACCGGCCGCCUGGCUGACUGCGAGCCGGGCGGCGAGCAGAGCCUGGGCGCCGUGCUGGCCGCCGCCAGCUACCUCCAGAUCCCCGGCCUGGUGGCGCUUUGCAAGAAGAAGCUGAAGCGCAGCGGCAAAUACUGCCACCUGCGCGGGGGCUACGCGCCCUACAAACUGGGCCGGGGGCUGCGCGCCGCCACGCCGGUCAUCCAAGCCUGCUACUCGGGCACGCCGCGGCCCGUGGACCUGCCGCCCGUGGAGCCGGCGGCGCCGCUCAACACGCAGUGCGGCGAGCUCUACGCCUCGGCCUCGCAGGGCGCCCCGCUGCACCCGCACGGGCUGUGCCCGCCCGAGCGCCACUGCUCGCCGCCCUGCGGCCUCGACCUCUCCAAGAAGAGCCCCACCGGCCCCUCCGCCCAGCUCCUGCCCACCGACCGCCUGCUGCCCGGCGAGCCCCGCGAGCCCUCGCUGCCCCCGCGGCACGACAGCCCCCCGGUGAGCACCGGCCUCCUGGCCGGCCACGCCGUCGCCUACAAGGACUCGCCGCCGGGCGGCGAGCCGGGGGGCCACCCGCACGCCGCCGACCCCUUCCGCGGCACGCCGCCCUGCGCCGAACCCCCGCUGCCCCGCGCCGACGGGCGCGAGCUCAUGUACCGCUGGAUGAAGCACGAGCCCCUGGGGCCCUACCUGGACGAGGGCGAGGCCGAGAAGGAGCUGGAGCGGGAGGAAAAAGCCGACUCGCCGCCCGCGGCGCCGCAGCCCCGCUACCCCAGCGUGGAGAGCAACGACCUGGAGCCCGACAACAGCACCAGCGAGGACACGGGCAGCAGCGAGGGCCCCUCGCCCGGCGACGCGCUGGACCGCUACUGCAACCACCUGGGCUACGAGCCCGAGAGCCUGGGCGACAACCUCUACGUGUGCAUCCCCUGCGGCAAGGGCUUCCCCAGCUCCGAGCAGCUCAACGCCCACGUGGAGGCCCACAACGAAGAGGAGCUGUAUCACAAGGCGGCCGCGGAGCAGGCCGUGCCCUUCCUGGACAAGGGCGGCCCGGGGCUGGGCGACAUCCUGCGGCCCUACCGCUGCUCGUCCUGCGACAAGUCCUACAAGGACCCGGCGACGCUGCGGCAGCACGAGAAGACGCACUGGCUCACGCGGCCCUACCCUUGCACCAUCUGCGGCAAGAAGUUCACGCAGCGCGGCACCAUGACGCGCCACAUGCGCAGCCACCUGGGCCUCAAGCCCUUCGCCUGCGACGCCUGCGGCAUGCGCUUCACGCGCCAGUACCGCCUCACCGAGCACAUGCGCAUCCACUCGGGCGAGAAGCCCUACGAGUGCCAGGUGUGCGGCGGCAAGUUCGCCCAGCAGCGCAACCUCAUCAGCCACAUGAAGAUGCACGCCGCCGGCCCCGACGGCAAGGCCAAGCUGGACUUCCCCGACAGCGUCUACGCCAUGGCCCGCCUCACCGCCGACCAGCUGGGGCUCAAGCAGGAGAAGGCGGCCGAGCUGCUCUCCCACACCUCGCACUUCCUCAGCGACCCCAAGGCCAUGGAGAGCCUCUACCCGCUGGCCAAGUUCACGGCCGAGCACCUGGGGCUGAGCCAGGACAAGGCGGCCGAGGUGCUGGCGCAGGCCCCGCACCUGCACGCCGAGGCCGCCCGGACCAUUGAGCGCUACUCGCCGCCCUAGCGCCCGCCGGGGCCGCGCUCCGGCCGCGCCGCGGGGAUCCGGGGGCCGCGGCGGGAGGCGCCCGGCCGCCGCCCCCCCCCGGCUCGGAGCCGGCCCCGGAGAACUCGCCGGUGGCGGAGGGUCCCCGGAGCGGCGGGUGCUGCCGGGAGCCCCGGGGAGCGCCGGGCUCGCCUGGAAGAAGCUGAUAAUUCAGGGACUGGCCUGCGGGCUCGGCCCCGCGGCGGCUCCCGGGACUGCGGCGGCGGGCGAAGACGCAAGCUGUGAUGCCGGGCCCGGGCUCGGCCCCGAGGCUUUGGAGGACAUGAGCCCGCUCCUUACCUCAGGGCCGUCUCGCGGCCGGCGGGGAGGCCCGCGGCGGCCACCCGCCCGGCUGCCUGCCUGCCUGCCGCCGCCGGGGCUCGGCUCGGCUCGGCUCGGCUCGGCCCGGGGCGCCUGCCGCGACGGGACGUGGACUCGGCCGCCUCCGGCGCCGCGGGCCUGUGAGUAGUCGGCCGAGGGCGGCGAGGCGCCGGGAAUGCUGCGGCGAGCGGUUCCCGCGGGCCAGGCUGGCGCACGGGACUGACGGAGGCGCGGGCAGGGUCCGAGGGGGCAGCGGGGGGCCGGGUGGGGCGCCCCGGGGCUGGGGCGGGGGGGAGAGGGAGCGCCGCGCUGCUCCCCGCUCGGCGCUGCCCUGCCGGCCUGAGCCCCGGCGCCCGCGCAGCGCCGGCACCGGCCUCCCGCGGGGGCCCCUCGGCCGCGUCCCCGCCGCCGGCGCAGGGCCCGUCACAGACUGAGCCCCUGGGACCUGCCCCAGCAGGCGCCUCGAAAUCAGGGAUGCCCCGGGGCCCCGCGGCGGCGGCGGCCUCGGCGCGGGGGCGCGGAGCAGCUCCGGCUGCCCCUCGCCUCUUUCGCCAAAGAUCCCCGUGCCCAGAGCGGGCCGGGCUGCCGGGGGGGGCCGCGGGCCGGGAGUUUCCGACAAAGACAAAGCGGUCUGGUUUGUCAGCUACGCCGGCGCGGGCCUGAGCGCCGCCAGGGCCGCGGGAAGGGGCGGCCCGGAGCCGCCGGGGGAGAGGUGCGGGGUGGCCCCCUCCCCGCCCCGGCCGGGCUGCCGGCACCCGGAGCCCCCCCCCCCCCCCCAAGCCCUCCACCGCCGCCCCGGCCUCCCCUCUUGUGCCUUCUGCUCCGGGUGGGCAAAGCCCCCUCCCUGCAUCCCGGCCCAUCCCGGCCUGCGCCUUCUGCCCGGGGCUAAUGUGAAGCUUCCCCCCCCCAACCCCCCCUGCGUCCUCUCCUUUGCACACGAGGCCCCGGGGCAGCGACUGUCCCCGGCCUUGCGGCCACUGUGCCUUACCCCGAGCCGGCUGCUCCUGCCCCGGGGCCACCCCGCGGGGCCACGCUCCUAGCCGGGAAUGGCCAGGGGCCGCCCGCGCCGGGGCCCCGCCGGGUGGCCCCGGGGCCGGCAGCUCCCGGGCCGAGCUGCCGUGGGCCCCCCCCCCGCCCCUGGCCCCGCUCGUCCGGGGAGGACGCAGCGCCGGCAGCGGCUGCACCCAAAGCACAGCUGGAAGUGCCCAGCGGGGCCGCCCGGCCCAGUCUGUAUCACGUCCGAUUUGUACACGGGCUCCUCGCCCUUUUUUUCUAUAGUCGAAACCGAACGAGCAAUAAAGUGACAUUAACACA